AUGGAUAAUCCGAUCGAAAAGCCAGGCUCGUCCUUGCAUCUCGAGAAUGGUAAUGUAGCAGAAGCUAAAGAUACAGCCACUGCUCCAUUCAUCCCAGAUGCUGACAAGGAGCGUCGUCUUGUUCGCAAGCUUGAUCGGACAAUUCUCCCUUGGAUCAUGCUUCUAUAUUUACUAUCAUAUAUUGAUAGGAGUAAUAUGGGAAAUGCUCGAAACAUCGGCCUCGAGAGCGACAUCGGUCUCACCAGCGCCCAGUAUCAACUCGCGUCAGCAUCCUUCUAUAUCGGGACUGUCAUUUUUGGGACUGUGGGAGGCUUGAUGUUAAAAGUCUUCAAACCAUCCACUUGGUUAGGUGCUUGCGCCAUAGGCUGGGGAGCGGUUAGCAGCCUUCAGGCUUCGUGCACAAAUGGUGCUGGACUUGCUGCCGUGCGGUUUUUCCUGGGAGUGUUCGAGGCUUCUUUCGCCCCCGGCUGUGCCCUCUAUCUUAGUUUCUGGUACCUCAAGUCUGAGCUAUCACUUCGCAUUGCGGCAUACGCUGGUAUGAGCGCCCUCAGUGGUGUUAUAUCUGGGCUCAUUGCGUAUGGAAUGGGGCUGGCACAAGGUAUGGCGAUCGCUCCGUGGCAGGCACUCUUCAUUAUUGAAGGCUUACCUACAAUUGCCGUUGGUUUCUUGACGUUGUGGAUUCUGCCCGGACGCCCCGAGGCGGAAAGGUCUCACUGGUUUACAGAUGAGGAGUAUGAAAUCAUUCUCAGCCGGCGAAACAGAUUUACCAAAAACGAGGACGGCGGGAUCAGCAUGGCUCAAGUCAAGGAGGCGUUCAAAGAUGUCCGUCUAUAUCUUUUUGUCCUCAUUUACUCUGGGCUUUCCCUGUCGCUUGCGGUGGCGGCUGUAUUCCUCCCGACUAUUAUCAAGGAUCUCGGUUUCCAUUCCGUUACGGCCAACCUUAUGACGGCCCCUGUAUACGCUACAGCCUAUUGCACUCUUCUGGUCACGGCGACACUGUCGGACCGCUUUCGCAUGCGAGGGAUACCCAUCAUAAUUGGAGGGUUGACUUCUGGGAUUGGGUACAUUUUACUUGGAACUUUGCGCAACGAGACGGCAAGAUAUAUAACUUGUUUCCUUGCUGUUACGGGCACGUAUAUGGCAUUUCCAAUUGUUCUGACAUGGAUUGCGUCCACCUUUGCUGGUGACACAAAGGCAGGUGUUGGAAUUGGCAUUGUCAUUGCCGUUACCCAUGCAGUAGGCGUGGCAGCCUCCAACAUUUACCCAAAGUCGGAUGCCCCAUACUAUCUGAUGGGCAACGUGGUAUCAAGCACCUUGACAUUUGUCACGGCAAUUUCAGCAGCACUCAUGAGUUUCUUACUAUAUCGAGAGAAUAGUAAGAGAGACAGACGUUAUGGGAAGCCUGAAGCUGGCGUGUCGGUCGAUAUGGGUGGCGAUGCGGAUAAAGCUCCGGACUACCGGUACGAGAUUUAG